AUGUUCAAAAAGAAGCCUACGGUAAUUGACCCCUCCCCCGCACUACCCCUCCAAGCUUUGCUGGGAAUCAAAAAUCUUUCUCCACUACGGUCUUCUGAUCGUCGCAAGAUUGCAGACCAAAUUAUCAAAGAUUACCAAAUUCCCGUCACCUCAAACCCCACCAAAGCAGACUUGUCCGAGCCCAGCACAGCAUCUGCCCCCGCCUCGAGCCUUACGUCCAUCCGGAAUUCCCUCCUGCCCGAUAACACCCAGACUGCUCGUUUUACAACCACCGCUGGCCGAGAUCUUCGCGAGCUUCAAGGGAUCGUAUAUGUUGGCACACAUCCCGACGGCGAUGAGCGGGUGCUAUGGUUCAAGCUGGAACAUGGCCCGGGGGCCGACAAACGACUAUACCCAACCGUCUAUACACUGUGGCACAACCCGAACUUAGUUCCCUUGCUCUAUACUCCGGAGGCGGUCAAGGGCGCUGUUGUCGCGGUCGCGAGUGUGGACAAACAUACAGUGCCGCUUUUUGUAGGCAUAUGUGAGAUUGAUGUUUCGGCAUUGGGAGAGGUGCAAGGUACAAAGGGCCAUGCGGUCCGUGGCUUGCACUGGGAAGGUGAUGAACUUUGGGCGUGGAGCUCAGCGUCACUUCCGGGUCGUCCCGCUCCAGAGUACUUGGAGGGCUGGGAUGAGGACGAAACCGAGGGUGUUGAGGAAGUUGAGGAACAAAUGGGAGAUUUAGGAAUCGCGGAUGAAGGGGCUACAACAACCCCAGGGGACAUUGAAACACCAAGCAAUGACCCAACCGCGUCAGAAGAACCAGUGACCGAAGAGGAGGCACCCACAACGGAGGAAAUUGAUGAGGCGUUUGUUAAUGCUUUUGUGUACGCCCUCUACAAGCUCAAGCAGGAUAACCCAUCAGCAACCGACCAUGGCCUUCCACUGCCAAUCACAGCAUCGGCGUUGAUAGCCAACUUCACUACUCCCUAUCUUCCUGUUUACAACCCCCAACAGGCUCAGCAUUACAACAUCAAGAAAACCAGUUGGAAGAACGUGAAAAAGUUCAUGAAACAUCUAGACAAAUUGAAGCUUGUCAAAACCAAGGACCGUAGCGGUCAAGAGACCGUCAUUUUGGAUGUGGACUUCGAGGACCAUCGAGUCGAGCGAUUUGUGCCAUACAGACUGCCGUCACCACGUGCCCUGGAGAGCAGUAAAGCUACCGCGCCUGAGGGCAAAAAGUCGGCUGCAACGGAUGGCUCCGACCCUUCAGUGGGCCAGACGAUCACUGUGCAAAGUCUAUAUCGGCCAUCAGGAAAGCUGAUGCCAACCAUUUUCCCUGCCCUCGCUGCCAGCGACACGAAUAACUUCUACAAAUACUCGGACGUAUCCAGUCACUUGGAUAAAUACCUUGAAUCCCAAAAUCCGCCGAUCAUCUCAAAAGAGAACCGACGCAUCAUAUCGCUCAACCCAUUCCUUGCGAACACCAUCUUCAAUUCAUCAUCCACCGAAGAUAAAGGGACACUGGCACGCGGGAAGGUCACUCGCGAUGGUCUGUUGAAACGACUCAUGGAUGAUAAAACUUUGCUCUCGCCGUACCAUCUCAUUUUGAAGACCGGUCAGACUAUUGCAGAUGUCAAGCCGAAAGCAGGCAGCCCACCAAAGGUCCAUGUCACCCUCGAGAAGCGGACAGGCUCCAAGACUGUUACCAAGGUCAUGACUCUGGAGGUCUUCGGCAUUAUUCCUAGUCUGUUAGCACAGGAGCUGCAGAAGAAAUGUGCCGGAAGCACUAGUGUGACACAAGCUACCGGUGCCCCCAAAGGGAUCAUGGAAGUUUUGGUACAGGGCGACCAACGAAAGGCCAUUGAGACAGCCCUUGUUCGCCGUGGAUUGAAGCCACAGAUGAUCGAGGUUGUGGAUAAGACCAAGAAGAAGAAAUGA